UGUGUUUGUUCAUGUCUGGAAGAGCUUAGCUUUAGCAUGUUCAUUCGCUGUAUUUGCUGUGGAGACACCAGGACGGACAGAGGAAAGUUUCCGUCAGGAUCGGAAUGAAGGCUCAUUGCUUUGCCAUGGAGGGUGUUGGUGGCGGUAACCCACAGAAAGUCACCCCGCUUGCUCGUGAAUUGACAAGGAUCUUUAACAGUUACAAUAAACACUCCAUACUGCUGAAAAAGAACUUGAAAGAGACCAACGCAUUUUUCCGCGAGAUCAGACAGAACUACAGCAAUGCAUGUGCAUCUGCCGCCAGCUCGGAGGCCGCUGCAUUGGAAGCAGUCGCUCUGCUCUCCCUCUCUCCCUCCCCAGGCCAGCUGAGCUGCAUCGCCUUCCCCCGGCACGAGGAGGAGUUCCUGCAGGCCAGCGUGGGCAGCACCCCGUACAUCCUGGUGCUGGGGCAGGACUGCGCCGCCCGCUACCAGCUGCUCAACUGCCUGCUGGCGGAGAGGCUGCUGCCCGUGUGCGAGGGCGGCGGGGGCUGCGGCCAGGGCGGCGGGUGCAAGCGGCGCAAGCUCUGCUUCACGCACGGGCGGCAGACCCGGCUCAGCCUGGCGCUGCCCGGCCAGUACGAGCUGGUGCACCAGCUGGCGGCGCACUGCGGCCGCUGGGACACCGUGCCCAGGGAGGACCUGGAGAUCCACGAGGACUGCCAGGACCCCGCCCACCGCCUGGCCGAGCUGGAGGUCACGCUGCAUCACCCCCUGCUGCAGGAGGCUAAGAUCAUGGUGGUGCCCUGCCCCAGCGUGCAGCCCAUAGAGCAGGCCCUGGAGGACUGCCUUCGCAACGUGGUGCCCAUCCUGCUCUACGCCGCCAACCAGGACCAGCUGACGCCCGCGCAGGUGUCCGAGCUCCAGAAGGUGCGGGAGGCCCUGCCCUUCCCCAUCUGCUUCGUGCGGGUGCCCAGCGAGCCGGGCCCCGAGGGCGGGCGGGGCACGGAGCGGGACCGGGGCGCCCUCCAGAAACAGCUCCUCACCCUGGGGUUCCUCAGCAGCCCGGCGGGGAACUGCGCCUGCGGAGCCCCCCCGCAGUCGCCCCACCCGGCCGCCAAGCCGCAGAGCGCCCUGGGGGACAGCCUGGAGCGGCUGCACCGGCUGCUGGUGCCCUUCGCCCGGCAGGUGCUGCACAACCAGCAGGUGGAGGCCGCCAACCUGCUCAACGGCCUGCACUGCCGCUGCCUGGACCUCUUCAUCAACCAGGCCUUCGACAUGCAGCGGGACCUGCAGAUCACGCCGCGGCGGCUGGAGUACACCCGCGAGAAGGAGGGCGAGCUCUUCUCCUCCCUCAUGGCCAUCGCCAACCGCAAGCAGGAGGAGAUGAAGGAGAUGAUCGUGGAGACGCUGGGCAGCAUGAAGGAGCAGCUCCUGGAGGAUGCCGCCAACCUGGAGUUUACAGAUAUUAUCGUUACGCCCAACGGGGAGCCCGUGACCUCCAAGGACAUCAAGUCGUGCAUCCACCAGAUCCAGGAGCUGAUCGUGGUGCGGCUGAACCAGGCCGUGGCCAACAAGCUGAUCAGCUCGGUGGACUACCUGCGCGAGAGCUUCGUGGGCACGCUGGAGCGCUGCCUGAGCAGCCUGGAGAAGUCCACCACGGACUCCUCCGUGCACAACGUCACCUCUAACCACCUGAAGCAGAUUCUGAACGCUGCCUAUCACGUCGAAGUUACAUUCCAUUCUGGAUCCUCGGUUACGCGGGUAGUGUGGGAGCAGAUCAAACAGAUCCUCCAGCGGCUGACGUGGGUGAACCCGCCGGCCAUCACGGCCGAGUGGAAGAGGAAGGUGGCGCAGGACGCGAUCGAGAGCCUCAGCGCCGCCAAACUGGCCAAGAGCAUCUGCUCUCAGUUCCGCACGCGCCUCAACAGCUCCCACGAUGCCUUCGCUGCUUCCCUGCGCCAGCUGGAGGAGGGUCACACGGGCCGGCUGGAGCGGACGGAGGACCUCUGGUUACGCGUGCGAAAGGACCACGCCCCUCGACUGGCACGCCUCUCUUUGGAAAGCCGAUCGCUCAGAGACGUUCUGUUGAACGGAAAGCCUAAACUGGGCCGGGAGCUCGGGCGGGGCCAGUACGGGGUGGUGUACCUGUGUGACAGCUGGGGAGGCCACUUCCCCUGCGCUCUCAAAUCCGUCGUACCCCCCGACGACAAGCACUGGAACGACCUGGCGCUGGAGUUCCACUACACCAGAUCCCUGCCGAAGCACGAGCGGCUGGUGGACCUGCACGGCUCUGUCAUCGACCACACGUACGGCGGCGGCUCCAGCAUCGCCGUGCUGCUCAUCAUGGAGAGGCUGCACCGCGACCUCUACACUGGACUCAAGGCGGGGCUGUCCUUGAAAGAGCGGCUGCAGGUGGCCCUGGACGUGGUGGAAGGGAUCCGGUUCCUGCACGGCCAGGGGCUCCUACACAGAGACAUCAAACUGAAGAAUGUUCUACUGGACAAACAGAACCGUGCGAAGAUCACGGAUUUGGGGUUCUGCAAGCCGGAGGCCAUGAUGUCGGGCAGCAUUGUGGGAACGCCCAUCCACAUGGCGCCGGAGCUGUUCACAGGGAAGUAUGACAACUCUGUGGACGUGUACGCCUUCGGAAUCCUCUUCUGGUACUUGUGCACGGGCUCCGUCAAGCUCCCAGAAGCCUUUGAGAAAUGCGCCAGCAAGGAUCAGCUGUGGACCAACGUGAAGAAAGGUGCCAGGCCGGAGCGUUUGCCCAGUUUCGACGAGGAGUGCUGGCAGCUGAUGGAAGCCUGCUGGAACGGAGACCCAUCCCAGAGGCCUCUGCUGGGCAUCGUGGAACCCAGCUUGCAAAGCAUCAUGGUCCGUUUGUGCACUACAGGGUCUGACCGGAAGAGCGCCAGUUUGGAGGACUCUACGUGAAUGGAGGGAGGGAGGGAGGGAGGGAGGGAAGACGACUGCGCGUGUGGCAGAUAAAUGUGGAUUUAUGUCUGAAUUUGAAAACCCGGGCGAGCUUGAGUUCUGUUGGUCAAGGAAGCACCAUGAAUUAAACGCCAAGUCAGAUAUUUCUUCCAUCGCAAGUAAGUUAAUGUAAACGUGGUUUGAGACAGACCGGAACAAAAUGCAACACUUAUGCAAGUACUUGUGUAUAUAUGUUUUUGUGUCUUGUAUUUAUAUAUAAAUUCAGGCAUACACUAUGCUUCUUUCAUAGCAUGCAUGCUAAUGCCUGCUUCUCAUUAGAUUAUUAGCUACUAGGGAUAAAACAUUGUUUUAAAAAUAGUAAGAUUCCCAGUAUUAUGAAAAAAGACAUUAAUUUUAGUCUGUAUUUAAAAUUGAUAUUGGAGUAUUACAUGCAUUAUAAAAUGACUUUUUUAAUAAAAUGACUUUGACAAAUGA